AUGUCGCAACGAAGGACGAGAGGUACAAGAGAUACCGCCAAGGAUAUCAUUCUUGGAGUCGCGUGAGUUUUACUUUUGUCGUACAUGGGACUUUCUGCUCUUUGACUCUAUCUGCGCGACUUUCGGUCAUUAGAUGCACAGAUUUCCUAAUUUAAGUCAUCUUUGAAGAGCCUCGUCAACAAAGAAGGUAGUCUGAGCAGCAAAAUCUCGGUCAACCUUGAUUUUCCUGGGCCAGAACCACGAUAUGAUUCGUGCAACGUGGAUUUGAGAAACGAGUUAGACAGACAAAAACUUGAAGAUUCCUUGAUCCUUUCAUCUUGAUGGCAAUUCAAGCGGCCUUACCCGCAUUGGGAACGAUUUAUAGAGCCCUGUUCAAGAGGAUUGUGAACUUAUACCUUUUAACAUUUCGAAUAAAAUCGUGUGGGUUUUCAGACCAUCCGGACAAGGUCCAAAGCAACCGAAGGAAGGCGUCGCCGUGACCCCAAAGGUACAAGACUCAAAUGAUAUCAUUUUUCUAUGCAUCCUUUACAUCUUACCAUGUUCGUCCCAAAGUUCAGAUUCGUUCAAGUUCUCAUGACACGCCCGUCAGUCGACGUGUUGCCAGGAAAGCCAAUGUGAUUGGUUUGCAGUGAAAUAUAUCUGUUCUCCCCCUAUUUUCCCUUAAUAUCUAUGAGAAUGCGUCCAAUCUACCCCGCAACAGUGUCAGAUCACCUUCCACGUUUUCCUUUUUUGCCAGACUGUCGAACGUCCUCCAAAAACUGCUGAUGAUGGUGCCCUUCUGCGUCUUCAAAGUCAGCUGACUCAAAUGCAGCAGCAGAAUAGAGAUCUGGCGACUGCUGAAAAGGUAGAAGAAUGCUGAAAUGUCGACUUUCCCAUGUUUGAUGACUGUGCAUGCAAGCCACUCUUUUCUCAAAAAAGCACACACGAUUUCAGGCCGCCCGAAAACGUCUGGAACAGAAUCAAGAUGCCCUUCAGCGUCGGCUUCAGAAUUCCGAGUCUUCCGGACUACAAUCUAGAGACCUGGAUGAUGUUCGGAGGCAAAUCAAUGGAAUGGAUGCAAAGGUUAGUACUGUUCACUCAACUCCUUUUGAUAAAAUAUUCAUUUGAUUUAGCUAAUGAUGAUGAACAAUGACAUCUCUGGUCUUCGCAAUUCGGUCGACCGACAAGUGUCUGAUUUGAUGCACAUAAAUAACGAGAUAAAGAGCCGGCCAGUUGUGGAUCCAUCGGUAAAUAGACUCGGCAUGCAUCAGAAGAGGAACGAACGUUUUUACAGAAAAUCUCGAACGCCACGUCACAAUUGGACUCGAAACUUCGCGAUAUGCACAAUCAAGUGAUGGAUCUACAGAAGAAUUUGACCCGAGAACAGAGGGACAGAGAGAAGGACUCAAAAACGGCCGGUGAUGGGUGAGAACUUUGAGAAAAAGAGGACCAGAAAAAGAAAACGAAGCUUUUCCCCAGAAUUCAACGCCUUCAAGAUAUGAUCCGUCAACAAGACCUCGCUAGACAAGAUAUAAUGAACAAUUUGUCGAAAAAGGGAGAUGUUGACAAGGUUCUCAUAUUUCAUUCCGUGAAACCAUUUCAAACCGUAUUUAGGAAAAGCUAAACGAAGAGACACGUAGGCUGAACGACAAAAUCAACUUGAUCACGGCUGAAGUGACGCGUAAGAUGACUGAAAGCCAACAGAGAACAAAGGACGAUUUGAACUCGCGCAUUUCUGUGCUUGAAAAUGUCAGUGUCUCACGAGAGAAGGUCAUGACCCCAAGUUUGAAAAAUUCUGGAAAAUUGGGUGUCAUAUUCGGACAUUUUCCUGGGGCGUCCUGACCUUCCCUUUUCAGAAUUAUCCGUCAAUACCUCAAGUAUUCAGAUGAUCCGCGCACAAACUGAGAGAAUUGUUGAAAACGAAAAGGACAUGCGCCAAAAUUACGAGUCGAAACUGGCGGAUCUUUCCGGACAACUGGACGCGGCGACCAAACAGAUUUCGGUGCGAGCUCUUUUUAUUUAGUUUGUUCUUCAAUUUUUGUGUUUCAGAGUGAGAAGGCAAAACAGAAAGACCGAUUUCAAAAGGUUAACGAGGCCUUGGCAGCUUUGGAACAUCAUUUGGAGCUCGGCAAUAAUAAAAUCGAUAAAUUGAUGAAUUCAGAGAUUCAAGCCAGGUUUUCUGAACUUCUGGUGACGACUAGAACAAUUAUAUUCAGAAAAUUGCACGAGAAAGGACUUCUCACCAAAAUGACGGAUAUUGAGGAAAAGCUGAACAAUUACGUGGGCGGAAUGAACAAGUCUAUCGAAGACAUGAAAAAUGGAAAGAACAAUGUGCAAAUGCCGGCACUCGAUACUGAUGCCGUAAAUUACUAUUAUUUGCUUGCCUUCCAAAACGUCGGUUUCAGUUACGUCGUGAAAUGGAAGCCAUCUCGGCGGACAAGAAUAAACUGAGCAUGGAGGGUUUGCUGAAGUUGGAGGAGAAAAUGAGUCGUGUGCAGAAUGGUGAACUGUUAUUUUUGAGGUUUUCAUUUGAAACAAACGAUUUAGGGUUCUACCAUGAUCGGAAAGAGAUGAAUCAACGACUGACCGAUUUGGGAGAUGGAGAACAUGUCAAUAAGUGAGAAUUAUUUUGAAGAACUGUUUUUGAAAAUAUUCCCCCCAGAAUUCGUGCGCAGUUGAACAAAAUGGACGCACUGCAGGAGGACAUGGAAAAGGCGCAGGAUAGAAUUCGAGAUAAAGUUGAAAGACAGAUUCCGCAAGAUGUGAGGAGUUAUUAUGACGUUACAAUUGAUCAGAAACUGUAUCUUUUUAGUUGAACGAGCUGUCGGCCAAAGCGGACAAUAUCAAGCAUCAGCUGAACACGAGACUGGACAAUGAGGAGGAGGAAAGGUGGAAUUUAGCAGGAGUUUGGAGUAACAUUCAUUCAUUCUUUUCAGAUAUUUGGCCAUCAAAGAACUUCAAGAAGCAUUUACGACUCUUCAGCAGAACCAGUACGGCGGAGGGAAGGCAGCCGCUUCGUCGGAUCAACAGGUGAUCAACCGGCUCGCCCUGCUAUGUAUUACUAAGAAAAUGUAUCUGAUAAACCAUAGAAAAGUCACAUUUUCUGUGAAAAUUGAAGAUUUUUAAGCAGAAUUGCGCUUUUCUGGGAAAUGCUCUUCUUUGGAAGCAAACAACACUCGCUUUUUUUUUGAAUACAGGCAGCAAAAUAUGUGCGCCUUCGAAACAAAUUUCGAUGCUGAAAACUGGAAAAUCUUUAAUUUUUAGAUGAAAAGAGACGUCGAUGAGUGCAAGAUUGCCAUCAAGAAGCUCGCUGAAUCGGUGACGACGGUCAAAAACGUUCUGGACAAGAAGAUAACCGACGAGACGAAGCGGGUAGGCUUUUUUCAGGCGACAUCAAAUUCAAAGUCAACUUGUCUAUUUUCAGAGAGAAGAUGACGUCAGCUCUCUUCGCAGACAAGUGGGAAACUGA